UCCCAAUAGGAUUAUAUAUAUAAAUAUAUAAUUAAUAACAAUGGGAGAAAAUGGAGGAUAUGCAGACCUAGAGAAGCAGAUGCUGAGUCUACACGACCAUGAAGAGAAGCACUUCAUGUCAAGUGAGGUCGUCAGAGAUAUCAUCAUCGGAGUAUCCGACGGUCUCACUGUCCCCUUCGCCCUCGCCGCCGGCUUGUCCGGCGCCGACGUUUCCUCCUCCAUUAUUCUCAUUGCCGGAGUUGCUGAAGUUGCCGCCGGAGCUAUCUCCAUGGGGCUUGGCGGGUAUCUUGCGGCGAAGAGUGAAGCUGAUCAUUAUGUGAGAGAACUAAAGAGAGAGCAAGAUGAAAUCGUUGCCGUUCCUGAUAUAGAGGCAGCUGAGGUUGCUGAGAUAUUAGCACAAUAUGGGGUUGAGCCACAUGAAUAUGGCCCAGUUGUAAAUGCUCUUAGAAGAAACCCUAAUGCUUGGGUAGAUUUCAUGAUGAAAUUCGAGCUAGGGUUGGAGAAACCUGACCCAAUGAGAGCAAUACAAAGUGCACUGACAAUUGCAUUUUCAUACAUAAUGGGUGGAUUUGUGCCAUUGUUGCCUUAUAUGAUUUUUCCAAUAGCAAAGGAGGCUGUUGUGGCUUCUGUAGUUUUGACCAUUGUGGCAUUGCUCAUAUUUGGCUUUGCCAAAGGUUACUUCACUGGCAGUCAACCCUUUAAAAGUGCUUUCCAAACUGCUUUGAUUGGUGCCAUUGCUUCUGCAGCUGCUUAUAGUAUUGCCAAGGCUUUCAGAGCAUUCUAAAAACACAUUAAUUAUUAGUUAAUUAGUCUAUUAUAAUUAGUACUCUAGAGAAAUAUGAGGGUAUUAUCUAUUUAUGUGUUAUUGUACUCGUCAUCUUUACUGGGUUUUCUUUAAAAUAUCUCUCUACAUGUAAAAAUUCUCUGCAUUUAAAUAUAUAUAUGGAUUUUCAGUGCCAUAUUAAUUAGCUAGUAUAAGAUUUCACACUAUAAUAAGAAGCAUAAAGUUGUGUUUUGUGUUUGGUAAAUUAUAAUUUAAAA